GUUAUGUGUAUGAAGGAAUGCACAGCGGUCUGGCUUUCCUACCAAAAAAAUGUCAUGAAAUUUUGGAAAUAUUUUGACGUCCCGUAUUUUGCAUCGAAUUGCCAACGGAAAAUAGUUUCGCUGGGCAUACCAAUGGUAUCUAAAUUAAUCGUUUCCAAUAUUACACGGGAAACCGCGGUGCCUUCUAUCACAAUAACGUUUUUCCUGACCUUAAUUCUGAAGGUAAUAGAAUGCUGUAUGGAUUAAAUUAGUUCAGUUUAGUUUCAAUCAAUCCCUAUCAUGAAGUUCUCAUGACACAAAUUAGUACAAGGAAACUCAGGAUAGCACAAUAUCUUGAAAAUGAGUGAAAGCGACAAAAAAUGGGCUUGUGAAUAUUGCACUUAUGAAAACUACCCUUCCGCUAUAAAGUGCACUAUGUGUAGAGGUCCCAAACCAUUCGACAACAUAUACCGUAUACAUGGAGAUAAAACUGCUCAGCCUGUGGAUGCGGGUGGUUCAAUUGACAACAAAUCAAAAGCUAAGUGCCACUGUAACAGUUGUGCUUAUGUGAAUACCUGUACUUCAUGUUUAAUUUGCAAUCCGCUGUCUGAAAAUAAUAUACAAGAGCACAUGCAGCACCCUAGAAUCUCUAACACGGAUUUAACCCAAAGUGUGAGAAAUUCCAGCCAAUCUUCAGCUUUAAUUAAUUUAGAAAAUUCACGAAAAACAUCUCAGUCAAAAUGGAUUUGUCAGAUGUGUACGUACGAAAACUGGCCCAAGUCGACGAAGUGCGCUAUGUGCGCAACUGUCAAUAAUCAACGACCACAAUCCUGCGGGCUCAUCAUGUCCUCACCGGAGCGAAAUUUAGACAAUAUUAAUCAAGAUGACCGAUACCAGAAUUCCAUUAUCGAAACCUCCCAAAACAACCUAGAAACCGACCAUAAGCUGAGACACUUGAGAAGAAACGCAGACUGGAAUUGGUUAAAUGCAUGUGUGGGAGUAAUUGAAGGUGAUCCAAAUCCAGUAGAAGCUUACCUAUCUUCAGGCGGCGAUCCGGCACGUACCCUUACCGCAUCAGAAUGCGUCCUUUUAAAUAGGAAUUCAGCUUUUGAUGUUGGCCACACUUUAGUUCACUUAGCUAUAAGAUUUCAGCGAGAAGAUUUGUUAGCUGUCCUCUUGUCGCAAAUAGAGGGUUCUGGUUCAGGAGCAAAGCGAGUUCCGAGCUACGUGGCCCCCGACAUAGCCGCAGACAUUAGGAGACAUUUUGCCACCACCCUAAGGCAGCGAAAGGGUUCGUUUCCUUGUCACUACGUUGCCGAGUUUCCCAAUUUCACUUUGCCGGCGGAGGUGGACACGUUGCCUCUGACCAUUCAAGAACAGCUUAUGUCUGAACUUUUGGACAAGGAUGUGCAAGAAGAGUUGGAAGGGGCGGAUGUGGCUGUCAUUAAUUGGGCCACCGGCCCGGGCGGGUCAUCGCGUUUGCACGCCCUGUGGAAUCGGUCGGCAGGCGAUUGUUUAUUAGAUAGUGUUAUGCAAGCCACCUGGGGCGUGUUUGAUAGAGAGAAUGUGCUGAGGAGGGCGCUUGCAGAGACUCUAAUGCACGCAGGCCACAUAUUUUAUCCCCGUUGGAAGGAAUAUGAAUCCUCUCACGCAUCGUUCCUUCAAUACUCUCUAGAAGAGACGCAGUGGGAAGAAGAUUGGAGCAGUCUAGUCACAAUAGCCGCUCAGCCAGGGGCGAGUUUAGAACAACUCCACAUUUUCGCCCUUGCCCAUAUUCUGAGGCGGCCCAUUAUAGUAUAUGGAGUGAAGAUUGUAAAAAGUUUCAGGGGAGAAGCCUUAGGUCCAGCCCGUUUUGAAGGUGUUUACUUGCCCUUGCUCUGGGACCAUAGUUUUUGCACUCGUUGCCCCAUAGCCUUGGGAUAUACUCGGGGUCACUUUUCUGCUUUGGUGCCGGUAGAACCUUUACUUUCUGCAAGGCCCAGGGCGUCUUUGUUGCCGCUCGUUGACCGCGACAGGAAGCCUUUACCCAUACAUUUUUUGACCGAGGCGGAGUUGGGAAGGGAGGAGGCUAUUUUGCACCAAUGGAUGGACGUGAGUGAAACGGAAAAUGGGAUUCUCGUGGCUCAACAGUCGUGGCACAAACGUCCAUUGCUUGUGGCGCAGAUGUGUGAGGAGUGGUUAAAUCAUUAUAGGCGUCUUGUGCAGAUGACCUCGGCGCCUUUCUUCAGGCCUGUUCCCAUUCAGGACUAUUCCAGCGAGGGGGACACCGACUGCGAGUAGCAGCGGGUCGCGGUGGGCACGAGGCAGGCGGCCAAAAAGCCGUCCUCAUCGCCGCCACCGCCGCCGCCCGCACUGUAGUAGUGAUGACAUAGUACCUAAACUUGUUCCCAUUUAUGCAAAGGGAUUUACUAUCGUAGGGUUCAAGGAUUUAGCAAUAAAGUCUCGAUUCGUUUGCCUUCGUUCGAUAUACUGAUAUUUUUCCUUAUCUUAAUUACGCAAAUAUUUUUUGUUUUGCCGAGCGCCAGCCUGUGAGGUAAAACAUCUACACCAGCCAAUAAUGCUAUAUGAAACGCUCCAAUGAAUUUUCUUGUGCUCUUACAUGUUGUACUUCUGAAUUGCAGAUUAAGCGGGAAAAGUCGCUCACAAAAUCCAAUUUAACAUUAAUUUGCCAUUGAGAACCAUUAAACAUAAGCAUCUCCAACUUGGGUAUUAUUCCACUUCUUCAAUAGUUUAUUAAAUUUGUGGAUUUGUAUUGUAUUAAUUAUAAUUGUUUCUGAGUGAUAUGUCCCGAUCGCUAUUUUUUCUUUUGCUCAUUUUAAAUAAAAUUAAAUAUUAUAUACAGCCCUAGACUACUUUCUUUAUGCGGACGAAUAAAUUCAAAUAUGAGUUGCAGGGUUAGAAAGGUGAAUCUUUAAUUCUGCUAAAGGCGGCAAUUGGGGAAUGCAACGAAAUGGGCAUUUCGGAGUUGUGGCAGCUAAAAAAAUGUUACAUAUUUAGAUCAUUGCACGGGGAAUUAUAUAAAUUUCCAGCAAGCGCUACCAAUAUCAACUUACAAAUGAUUAUGGAAGAGUUAAUUAAAAAUUUAUGCGACUUAUGUGGACUAUCAAAAACAAAAUAUAUUAUAAAUAUAUAAUAUUCUUAUAUAUAUACUUCAGGUUUGAUAUCAAAGUGCCAAUGAUAUCUCACAUUUCGGAGUUGCAACAUCGAAGCUUUAAUUGUAUGCAUUAUUAGUUAUGAUAGAGAACUAAUUUAUUUUAUUAGAAGUAUAUGCGAUUAGGUAUGUUUAUAGGUCAGGGUUUUAAGAUUUAUGGUUCAUCAUGGGGAUGGUUGAAUUAGUCAAAAGUCAUAAGUCGUUAUUGUGUUGUACUUGGAAUUUAUAUUUGAGUUAUUUGCAUAAUUUCACUUUUUUUUACUCUGUACUUGAGAGAAACAACUUAUAAGUGUAUUUGUUUUACCAUACAUCACUGGGGCGUUGUUCCAAACUCGUUAACGAUAUUUUUAACUAGAAACUAGCUUGUGUGCAAGGUCACAUAGGACGAGUUAGCCUAUUUUACCGUAAUCAUUCCUGCUUAAUUUGACAUAGAUUUUUUCCAGCAGAUGUUAAGCAAGUUGUUUACGGUCACUGUGUUGUUUUUCUUUUUUUAAUUUAUUAUUAGCUUUUCCAAAUAACGAUUUGAAUAACAGGGGAACUUUUGCACAAUAUUGUUUCUUAUUUUGGGACCUGAACAAAUAUUUCAGUCCAUGUGAAAAACAUCGAAAUAGAGUCUUAAAUCGAGUUAGAGCUUGGACUACACGAAUUUGGAAACGCCUUGAGAAAUUAGGAGAACUCCGUCUUUUCGGGUUUGUAAUAUUAAUACUAAAUCUGAUCCUUUUGUGUACCUUAAAUUUAGAGUUGCAUUAUUAAAGUCGGAAAGUAAAAAAUGCUAACACUUCAAGUGUAAAUUCAGCUGCUGACAAUUGCGCUGAGUUGGGCUCCAUUCAAAUAGUAGCGAAACUUGCUUAGCAAAAAAAUAAUUCUAGUUUUACAGGUAGUAAUUACGAAUUUCAAGUUUAACUUGGGAAUUAAUGGAACUUUAGAAGAGACAGAUGUGAAUAAAAAGGUUUACCAAAUUCCUGUUAUUGAUUUCGUUACCAAAACAGAUUAAUGAACCAUAAGGGAUGUUAAAUAUUGUUCAUAAUUUCAAACUUGUACAUACAGUCGCACUAUUGUAAAAUAAUUUAUUGAUUCAGAAUUAUCUUUUAAAAAUAUAUACAUAUAUAUUUAAGUUAUAUAUUUAUAAAUUUUUCGAUUCAUCCACUAUUGAACC